AUCUGCAUCAGCCUGCCUGCCUGCCUACCUGCGUGCGUGCUCUCCAAACGGCGGUGCUCAGACGCAGUACCUAGUUAGAUGCAGGAGAUGCAGGCGCGACGUCGGCGCGCUGCCCGUUUGUUUUGUUGCGUAUGUGUGUAUGUGGGGUGGGGUUGGGUGUGCGCCUGUAUGUGCGCCCCCACGCUGAUAACUACCUAGGUAUGGCUGCGUGCGUGCGUGCGUGCGUAUGUAUGCAUGUCAGCGCGGGACGUUGGCUAGCUGCUUACCUAGCUCGCUCGCUGGCGCGCGCGGGGCGGGAGCGCUGCCGUCUGGCUCUUGCUCCCGCAUUGCUAGAUGCCUGUUUGGCUGCUUGCUUGCCGGGCGGGCUGCCGCUCUGCUGCUUACUGCCUACUGCCUAGGUACAGCCUACUGGCUGCCUCCUGCUGGCCGAAUGGACGAAUAGACGAGUUGA